GCGGCGUCAUGGGGCGGGUGGGGCCGUUGCUGGCGAGGCCGGCCGUGGGGGCGCUCUCGCUCCGCCCGAGCGGGCUGCUGGAAGGCGCCCUGCGUCUGCUUCCCUGCCGCGGCUCGCCGGGGGACCCUCGCCGGGCCUCCCCGAGCGCCCCGCGGAGGCUUCUUUUGGAGGCGCCGUCCAGAGGCCUGGCCGAGGCAGCCGGGAAGAGCACGGCCAGGGCCAUCCGGGAAGCCGACGAGGCCGCCCCCAUCGUCCAGUACGUGGGCGCGCAGGCCAAGAGAAAGGACCGUGUGUUUGUCUGGGGCUUCUCUUACUCGGGGGCGCUGGGCAUCCCCAGCUUCGUUGUCCCGGAUGCUGCCUGGAAGAAGCGGAGGAGGGUCCAGGCCACGCCGUACCGCCUGGAACUGGAGGAGAAGAUCUCAUCUGUUGCCUGCGGCUACGGAUUCACACUCCUGUCCUCCAGAAAGACUGAUCUCACCAAGGUCUGGGGCACGGGCCUGAACACCGAUUCCCAAAUCGGAUAUCACCAGAGCAGGAAAGACCGGACUAAAGGCUACCACUAUGUCUUGGAGCCCAGCCCUGUCCCACUGCCCCUGGACAGGCCUCAGCAGACUCGGGUUUUGCAGGUAUCCUGUGGGAGAGCACAUUCCUUGGUGCUGACGGAUGCCGAAGGAGUCUUCAGCAUGGGCAACAACUCCUACGGGCAGUGUGGCCGAAAAGUGAUCGAAGGUGAAAUUUACAGUGAGAGCCAGCUAAUUAACAGGUUGCAAGGUUUUGAAGACCGAGUUGUCCAGGUUGCCUGUGGGCAGGAUCACAGCCUUUUUAGGACUGAGAGAGGAGAGCUCUACUCUUGCGGGUGGGGAGCUGAUGGCCAGACAGGCCUGGGCCAUUACGAGAUCUCCUGCACCCCCACAAGAGUGGGCGGCGACAUUGCCGGCGUCCGCCUCAGCCAGGUGACCAGCUGCGGGGAUUGCUGCCUCGCCGUGUCUGAGGACGGGGACCUCUUUGGCUGGGGGAACUCGGAAUACCUGCAGCUGGCUUCGGUCACGGAGUCGACCCAGGUCAAUGUGCCACGACACCUGCCCUUUCAGGUUGGGAAAGUGAAGGAAGCGGCCUGUGGAGGCACCAUCAGCGCUGUCGUAAAUGAGGAGGGCCACGUGUUUGUGUGGGGCUACGGCAUCCUCGGAAAAGGCCCAAAGCUGAUGGAAACGGCCACCCCCGAGAUGAUCCCGCCCACCCUCUUUGGCUUGUCCGACCUCAGCCCGGAUGUCCACGUGGUUCGGAUCCGCUGUGGGCUCAGCCAGUUUGCUGCUAUCACUAACAGAGGAGAGCUCUUCGCGUGGGGCAAGAAUGUGCGGGGGUGCUUGGGAAUCGGCCGAAUGGAAGAUCAAUACUUCCCGUGGAGGGUGACGCUGCCCGGCGAGGUGGUGGAUGUAGCCUGUGGGGUCGACCACAUGGUCUGCCUGGUGAAAUCCUUUGUUUAGCCAUCGUGCCUGACCAUACCGGACAACGGGCCAAGCCUGCAGCGUCGGCAGCCCCUCGGUGGUGAUGCCGGGCGGUCCCAGCAGCUGGAGGAGAGAGUGUGGCAGCACCGCGCCCGCGAGGAGCAGCCGGAUUCCCUUCAUUGCCAGAGGGAGCCCCUCACCGUCUCCAAAGCCAAGUAGUCCCAUUUCGGGGGGGGGGGGAGGCGCAUUUACUUUUGGGGUAUCUCUGAGGACUUGUAGCGGCCUGGAAACAGACCCCAACGUUCAGUGGGGCAAAUCAGGUUGCUAAAUACUCUUGGGACAGGCAGUCCUGCUGGAAGGAAGCUGCUCUGAGAAAAUGCAGGAGGCUUUCUGGCAUUCAGUUUGUUAUUGCUCCAAGCUGCUCACUAGGACUGUUUCGGGAAGUCUGACACCAGUUCUUGGGUAAGACACGGAUUCCCCCAGCGAGUGCCUUCCUCCACUAAUCCAUGCAGGAGAGGGGAAAAGGCAGCAGCCCAUCCCUGCGAUGCAGAGAGCUCUCCAAGAACACCCUUGUCUCCCUGGGUUCAUGGAAGCAUUGCCGGGGGGCUUUGUAGUCCCCGGAUGCUGCACAGCCACCUUUACUUUACAGACCUGCGCGCACGUUUCCUUGUGCACACCUGUGGCCGAGCGUUACAUGGACAAGCCUGGUCGUCCCCUCCUCCCUCUCUCGACGUGGCCCCGAGCGGAAGAGAGGAACUCUGCAGUAUUUAAUGAACUGUAUUUUAUCAUCCACCUUUGGGCAAAACUGGCUGCUUGUAUCUUUGGUUGAGGGGAGUAAACUAAUUUCUAACACCGUUGGUCAAUAAACAUUGUUCCAAUAA